GCCCCCUCGCACUGCCCUGGGCUCGCCCCCUCUUCAGUCCAGGCCCGGCUUCCGCCCGGUCUCCCGGCAACGCUGGGGCCCCGCCUACGUCAUGGCGCUCGAGGAGAACGCGGGGACCGAACUCUUGCUGCAGAGUUUCGAGGGCCGCUUCCUGGCGGCGCGCACACUGCUCUCCUUCCCCUGGCAGGUGGGCGGCGGGGCGAGCGGAGAGGCCUUCGGGGCUCGCGGGAGUCCAGGAGCAGACGGGAUGGGUCUCCGUGCUGAAACCCCUGGCGCUCCUGCCACCUUAGAAGCAAAGUUAAGAGACUCAUCAGAUUCUGAGCUGCUGCGGGAUAUUUUGCAGAAGCACGAGGCUGUCCACAUGGAACCUUUGGACGAGCUGUACGAGGCACUGGCGGAGACUCUGAUGGCCAAGGAGUCCACCCAGGGCCACCAGAGCUAUUUGCUGCCCUCGGGAGGCUCGUUCACACUCUCCGAGAUCACAGCCAUCAUCUCCCACGGUACUACAGGCCUGGUCACAUGGGAUGCCACCCUCUACCUUACAGAAUGGGCCAUCGAGAACCCAGCAGCCUUCACUAACAGGAGUGUCCUAGAGCUUGGCAGUGGCGCUGGCCUCACAGGCCUGGCCAUCUGCAAGAUGUGUCGUCCCCGGGCAUACAUCUUCAGCGACUGUCACAGCCGGGUCCUCGAGCAGCUCCGAGGGAAUGUCCUUCUCAAUGGCCUCUCAUUAGAGGCAGACAUCACUGCCAACUUAGACGGCCCCAGGGUGACAGUGGCCCAGCUGGACUGGGAUGUAACGACAGUCCAUCAGCUCUCUGCCUUCCAGCCAGAUGUUGUCAUUGCAGCAGACGUGCUGUAUUGCCCAGAAGCCAUCGUGUCGCUGGUCGGGGUCCUGCGGAGGCUGGCUGCCUGCCGGGAGCACAAGUGGGCUCCUGAGGUCUACCUGGCCUUUACCGUCCGCAACCCAGAGACGUGCCAGCUGUUCACCACCGAGCUAGGCUGGACUGGGAUCAGAUGGGAAGCGGAAGCUCAUCAUGACCAGAAACUGUUUCCCUACAGAGAGCACUUGGAGAUGGCAAUGCUGAACCUCACACUGCAGGACUCACACACGACUCCAACGGGAUUGUGAGAAUUAAGUCACUCUUGUGGGAAGAAUUUUUAUAUGGGAAAGCGGAUAAAACUUUCAUUGCACUGGAAUGUUUGGAAAAUGUUAAAUUCCAAAUCAGGAACCACAAACUGCCCUCUAAUAAGACACCGGCUAUCUAAGCAUGUGGGUGCCCCCUUUCUGCCAGCAGUUCUGGUUCUUAAGAAAAUCACCAUAAAUCAGACAUGAAAAUUCUGGCUCCAAAAAUAGCAUUUUCUUUGUGCAAAUAAAAACGAGUGUAUCAAGUAUGACGUUCCCCCAACGUGGACACACUUGUUUCCUCAGAAAGCCAAGCCUGCUGCAGCUGCCACAUCCCUGGACACACUCGUUUCCUCACAAAGCCAAACCCGCUACAGCUGCCACAUCCCUGGACACACUCGGUUCCUCACAAAGCCAAGCCCGCUGCAGCUGCCACAUCCCUGGACACACUCGGUUCCUCACAAAGCCAAGCCUGCUGCAGCUGCCACAUUCCUGGGCUUAUGGUGCAGCAGGUGCUUUUUUCAAGACAGGAAUCAAAGUGUUAGGAACAUGGCAGAAAGGUGACACCUGGAGACCAAAUGCAGGAUGAGGAGUACUGCAGAGGUCACAGGGAAGUCACAGAACAGUAAUACGCUGGCAGGGGCAUGGGGCAUGAAGAACAGAAGAAGACAGGAAGCGCUUCAGAGACUCCAAAGAAGAAAUCAGGGCCAACCACAGCUUCCCAGGUUAUUCACCAGGUGGCACCACUGCCGUCAUUUCAGCUUCUGGCCACUGGGAGGCGCUGCUUGAAAGGGUUUGCCCUGAGACUCCGAGAAGAAGCUGCGGGAAGGACAGCAGGGGCCCUGGGGUUUUAGCCUCUGGCCCAGGACUUAUCUGUCCAUAACCAAAGGAAGCACAGUCUGCACCCAGCUCUCAUCCCAUCGGAGCUGCUGCGACUCCCGCAGGUUCUUCCGGAACUGGUUUAGCUUGCCUGCAGGAUCACGAAAGCUUGAGAAAAGCAUCUGCAAAAUACUAAAGAGCAGAGCUUACCUCAUUGCCUGUCCCCACCCCAUCCCAGGUCACCACCUGGCUGACCCCAGGUCCCCGACCCAACAACAACCCCUCCCAAGUCCCUAACUCCCUCACUUGGACUUGAGACCCUUCACACCCCAGCAGUGCUCCGCCUCCAACUUGACAUCAUGCUUUCUGGAAACUUCCCCGUGUGUCCCACUUUCCCACACUUGGUGCCCUGGAGCACCUUCCGGCCUCUACAUGCUGUACGUUCCCCUGUGAGCACCCUCCUCUCGGCCUCUGCCAACACAGUCCCACCCAUCUGUGGGUAACAAGGGGGUGUGGGUGUUCUUUUCAGCCUUGCUAAACUGUCUGAAUCAAGGAUCACAAACUGCAGCCUGCAGGCCAAAUCCACUCCACAGCCUGUGUUUUUAAAUAAAGCUUUAUUGGAACAAA